CAUCGCGUCAUUCAAUAUUGUGUAAACUUUUUACCAAUCUGUGUACGUAUAACAAAUUAUAGAGACUGCUCAAAAGAUGUAAAUAUAAAAUUCGAGCAUCAGAUCUUGAUGGCAAUUAUAUGUAUAUGAACACAAGAAUAUUUCGAUUUAUUCGUGAUAACAUGAGAAGGAAUAUAUUUGGAACGAGUUGCCUAACAGGUGCUAGUUUUCAAUGACGUAGUACACAGUUCCGGUUAUUGCCGACCUUCCAGGAAAGUUAGUAUUGCGUUUGAGAAUGUCAAGUAGGUGUUUACUUCGUAGUCUCCGGACUGUCGGCCAACACAGAGGACUGCAAGUGCCAUGUAUAACAAGACUAAACCGUAGGGCAAAUUUUUCAUCAGUGUUAUUUAGGAAAGCACAUCACCCACAUUAUCCAGCCGUAAAUGUUAACUACGACCUCAAACGUUACGUGGCGACCGAAGAAAAGAAGUUCGAGUGCUUUAAUAUCCAAGAUGCUAAAGACUUUCAAACCAAAGUGAUGGAGAGUCCAUUGCCAGUGGUUGUUGAUUUUCAUGCCACGUGGUGUGGUCCCUGCAAACUCCUUGGACCAAGACUUGAAGCAAUCAUUUCUAACAAAGGUGGACAAGUAAUAUUAGCCAAAGUGGAUGUGGAUGACAAUGUUGAAAUAGCGAUGGAGUAUUUGGUUGAAUCAUUACCAACAGUCAUUGGAUUCAAGAAUGGAAGGAAAAUAAAUAAAUUUAUUGGACUGCAAGAGGACGACAUUAUUGAUUCCUUUGUUGAGCAAUUAAUACACUAACAGUUUGAAUAGCAGAGCUUGGCAUUUGUUUAAUGAUACCUGUGAAAAUAUUUCACACGUGAAUCAUACCAAUGUUUUCUGAUUGUGCCACUGAUUGUAUAGAAUCUGGUGUCUAUGUACAUAAGAUAUAACAUAUUAAGAUACUGUGAACAGUCAAAAGAUUUUUCCUUAUGACUGGAUUAAGAAAAGGAUGAAAUUUUUAUUGUCAAUUCAUAUCUUACUGUUAUUACAGGUUGUAUUUUAAGAGAUCCAUGUUAUAAAUGGAAAUUAAAAAAUAUUCAAAUUAAA